GAAACUACACACGACCUGAGAAACGGGUCAGUAGACAGACGACAGUUACGUUUCUCCAUUCCCCGAGCCCUCAAGUUUGAAGGUUGCCUUUUUUUAAAGGAACAUAUUUUUUACAGCUUGUUUUUAUCGCUGACACCGCUAUUUUUUCUGACUCGAGACACGUCGAUGGACCCGCACAGUCUUGCGCGAAUAUUUUAGUAGUUGUCCAGGUCGAACGGAGCGCGUGUGUCCCUCUGCUCAAAGCGGGUGAAGCGAACCGAGCCUGGCUCUGCUCUUGGGGCCGGUGUGUCAGCGGCAGCUCCGCGUUUGAUGGAUCCAAGAAUCGCUUGGUUUCAGCCAGAGCAGCGCGGACCCGCCAACAACCUGUGGAUGCACAUCUGGGAAACGACACAGACGCUGGGAAACCCCUAUAACAACAACUGCAACACAGCCAGUGCCAAACUGACAAACAGCAGCAGUAGCGAUCCCAAGGACCAUCAGGAGAUGUCCAGAUCCAAACCCGACAGUGAGGUCGCCGAACAGCAGGACUUCAUCCCGCUUGAAACCCUUAACAACAAUAACAGCUGCCGGGUGGGCAAUGGUGUUGGCGGAGGGGGUCAACUGGGUGGCACUGGGGUCGCAGGAGUGGGCAGAGGGUACCCACACAAGAGGAAAAGAGACAACAAGGCGAGUACCUACGGCUUUAACAGGAGUCUGCUGCCGACAACGGGCUCACAGGAGAUCUUUUCGGGCACGCCGUGGAAGAGCAGAAACUACGAGGGCAUUGUGGGGUUGCAUGAGGAGAUAAAGGACUUUUAUGAGUACAUUUCUCCUCGUCCAGAGGAGGAGCGAAUGAGGCUGGAGGUGGUGGCCAGAAUCGAGAGGGUCAUCAUUGACCUGUGGCCCAAUGCUGAGGUUCAAAUGUUUGGCAGCUUCAGCACAGGCUUGUAUUUACCUACAAGUGAUAUAGACUUGGUGGUUUUUGGUAGCUGGGAGACUUUGCCUCUCUGGACUCUGGAAGAGGCACUACGCAAGAGAAAAGUCGCAGAUGUGAACACUGUCAAAGUCCUGGAUAAAGCAACGGUCCCUAUUAUAAAACUGACAGACUCCCACACAGAGGUCAAAGUGGACAUCAGCUUCAAUGUAGAAAGUGCUGUGAAAGCUGCAAACCUUAUCAAAGAAUUCAAACAGCAAUACCCUGUGUUACCAUACCUGGUGCUGGUUUUGAAACAGUUUUUACUCCAGAGAGAGCUGAAUGAAGUUUUCACCGGAGGAAUUGGAUCAUACAGUUUAUUCCUCAUGGCUGUCAGCUUUUUACAGAUGCACUACCGAGAGGAUGUGUGUAGUCAUAACCCAAACCUGGGUGUGCUGCUGAUUGAGUUUUUUGAGCUUUAUGGUCGGCAUUUUAACUACCUGAAGACGGGGAUCAGGAUCAAAGACGGUGGCUCAUAUGUGGCCAAAGAUGAAGUGCAGAAAGGCAUGCUGGAUGGGUACAGACCUUCUAUGCUUUACAUUGAGGAUCCUUUGCCACCAGGCAACGAUGUCGGGCGAAGUUCAUAUGGGGCGAUGCAGGUGAAAGAGGCUUUUGAUUACGCUUACAUUGUCUUAAGUCACGCUGUGUCCCCAAUUGCCAAGUAUUACCCUAACAACAAGUCAGAGAGCAUUCUGGGUAGAAUAAUCCGUGUCACUCAGGAAGUAGCGGAGUACCGUGACUGGAUCAAUGAACACUGGGGUCAGCAGAGCAACAGAAAUGUUACACUGACCUCACUUGAGCCUAAGGAACUUGAUGAGUGUAAUAAUAAUGUUUCAGAGGAGGUUGUGAUGCUUCCUCCAGUUCCCCGGAGCAAAGUGUCAUCUAACUCCUCCUCUCCACCCCCAUCUUCUCCUUCAUCACCAUCAUCUUCCCAAUCUUCAAUGGCUUCCAGUUCAAGUGAUGCAGACUCUGAUGGAACACCCCAUAAGACUGUGAAAGCUAUGGCUGAUUUGGGCUCCAGCUCUUACAGUGAGAAUACUGAGAGGAAUCUGUCCAAUCACAGAUCACAGAAUCAUUCGCUGACAAUGCCCACCCCCACUAAUAAGGGCAGUAAGAACCGACAGCGUGUAAAAAAAAGUGCUCAAGGGCCACAGAACAACCCCAACAAGAUCCAGCAAAACAGCAAGCCUCAUCAUAAAGCCCAUGUAAAGAGGAAACCUCAGCGUGAGGUAGCGCAGGAGGACCUGUGUAGAUAGGGGGAGUUGUUCUUGCAGAUUCACACCUGCUCUUACCGUCUUUGACCACAGAAGAGUGUUGGUGGAAUCAUUUAUCUUUCCUGUCCCACAGAUCAAGGGAUGUGUGUGACUUUGUAGCCUGAAAAAGGAAAAUAAAAAAAAUGAAAAUGGUGUGUAGUCCACAUGUGUCAGAGUUAGGCCUGUACUACACUGGCUUCUGCACAGCUUCUGCUCAGCUUCUGCUCACUGCCCAUAGGGGGAGCUGCACUUCUCUACUAAAGGGCUCCCCCUGGUGAUGUGGAUGACCAGAGAACGUAGGAGAGAGAAUUUAACUUGAGCAAUAGCUGAAGCCCUGGACUGAUGCCUCACUGAGGAAAACUGUCAUUACAGAUGACUCGAAUGAUGAAAAAAUAAUUAUAUAUUGAAAGUGCAAAGAUUUGAAAGUGUCUAAAAACAUGAAAAUGUAAUUAUUACCACAUAAAUUAUGCAUGUUUUGAUUUUGAAGAGUGGUUAUUUUUGUCAUGUACAGAUUAUACAAAUAUUUGUACAAGAAAAAAAGAACUAAAGCAAAAAAAAUUAUAAUAAUAUAUAUAUAUAUAUCAAACAUGAAAGGGGUUUCAUAAGAGUUUUAUUGUAAUGUUCAAAUUUCGCCUUGCUAUAGAUGUACACACAGUAACACUGCAGCUCCUCAAAGUUGUACAGGUUUGGGUUCAAUUGUCAACACUUACCAUGAGCCUUUUUUGUUAUUUUUUUGUGUAAUAUUGUGGUUGGACAGCGGAGGUGUUUGAAAGAGAGAAAGAGAGUUAGCAGUAGACUCCACAUACAGACAUACUCUGUACGUGUGUGGAUUGGAGUGCAAGUAUGUGUGAGCGAUUGUGCUUGCAUGAAUUUUGCUGUCUGUCAAAGAAAGGGGAAAGGUGUUUUGAUGUUGAAAUUUCAAGAACACUAUCAACCUUACCAUGUUUAAAAGAUUACAGCUGUGGUUUUCAGGCUACUUCUCUUAUUGAUCAGUCCAUUACAGAGGUUUUUAUUAUUAUGUAUUUUUAACAAUGGUGAAAAACAAAACAAUGACAUUGGAUGUCUAUAUGCAUACUGUAGUGGCCAGAUGUGUUUUAUGUCCUAUCCAUGGGCUGAGUGGUAAAACAUGAUUGUUGGCUGUCAUGUAUGGUAAUUAAUAUAAUUAUUUUAUAAUGUCAAAUACCUUUUUAUUUUUUGAUAACUGUUGAGUGACCAAGUUUAUUUUUUGUUUUCUUUGAUUUUUGAAAUCUGAAAGUUAAAUUUAAGUGUGUGUGUGUGUGUGUGUGUGUGUGUGUGUGUGUAUAUGAGAGAGAGAGAGGUGCUCGCUAACAGCAUUUGCCCCUACAGUCUGUUAAGGCUAAAUGGGGGAUCUUUGUCUUUGUAUGAGAGAGAGAGAGAGAGUGUGUGUGAGAGGGAGAGAGUUUGUGUGUGUGAGAAAGAGAGAGAGAGUGUGUGUGUGUGUGAGAGAGAGAGAGAGAGAGAGAGUGUGUGUGUGUGUGAGAGAUUUUUUUGUAUCUUUUUCAUUCCACUGCAUCUUGGAUGUAUUUACAUAAGAAGGCUUGUUCUCUAAUGUUGCUGUUCAUUAGAUAAACACUAGGUGGUGGUGUCGUCUUGUGAUUUUCCCUUUGACCCUUUUUUUUUGCCCAAUAGUUUUGAUAUGCUCUCAGAUCUCUCUACCUUAAGAGAUGAUGGUCUUUGAGGUCAUAUUUGUUACUCCACCUGUAUUGUAGAGAUUAUAUGAUGAUAUUAUGAAGUACAAAAGCUGGUAAUAUGUAUGUAUUAACCAGAUGGCACCAUUGGACUAGAGUUAAAGAGAUGUUGAGACAAGAACAUUUGGAGUGUCAUCAGGGCCCUGUACAAGUUUACUUCACAUGUAUCCACUUUCAAUCCAUGCAAUAAAAAUUACAGCACAACUAUCAA